AUGGUUGUCUUGUACAACGAGUGCCUUAAAAACCACGCGGUCAGUCUCGGUGGCCACGCCCUUGACGGCUGUGGUGAGUUCAUACCCAAGUCCACCACCAUCCUAACAGAACCUCCGUCCCUUAGGUGCGAUGCUUGUGGCUGCCACCGCAACUUCCAUCGUCGUAGUUCUUCUGAGGUCUUCAGUCACCACCGGUCACCACCGCUGAAGCCGCUCGCCUCCACUCCGCACUUGCUUCUUUCUCUCAGCUCCGAUUUCUCUGGACCCGGAGACAAAGAUAGGUCGGCGGUGAUGAAGAAGCGUAAGAGGACAAAGUUCACGGCGGAGCAAAAGGAGAAGAUGAGAGGAUUCGCAGAGAGAGCGGGGUGGAAGAUGAACGGCUGGGAUGAGAAGAGGGUGAAAGAGUUUUGUGGCGAAGUUGGAAUAGAGAAACAAGUUCUUAAGGUUUGGAUCCAUAACAAUAAGUACUUAUCCAACGUGAAGAACAGAGACACUACGUCAUCUACGUCCUCUAUGUCUUUGAAGCUGUAA